AUGCGGAAAUGCUCGACGCAGACUCGGCAAGAUGACCGUAAAUCUCUGCAAACACAGUUACUAUUGGUGCGUAGUGCGACGGAGAACUCAAUGCCGGCAGCACCUGGGCUCACCGUACCUGUUCCUCUCACUGCUCUGGGGUUCAUUCAGCUGUUCCUUUCGCAAGAAUUGCUGGAAUACCUGGUAGCAGAGACGUCUUACUAUGCUCGGUACUGCCGUGACGAACUAUGGACGAUAUUGUCAUGUCGCUGGCAGGGCUGCAACCUCACCGACAUAGCGCAUUUUUUGGGGCUCCACAUUUUUUUUGGAAUGAUGCCUGCUGCUAACGUCAGGCAAUAUUGGAGGCAGAGUUUUGUUUUAAGUACGCCCAAUAUCCUUGGCAUUAUGGCCCGCGAUAGAUUCCUGGUGAUGGACAGGUAUUUCAACGCCUUCAACCAAAGGGCCAUACCCCGGAAUAACCCCGAUCGCCUCAUCAUAGUCCGCCCAGUGUUGGAGUACAUUCAUGAACGGUUCCAGUUUUUAAUGGAUCCUGGCAAGAACCUUUCUUACAAAGGACGUCUGAGCAUAAAAGUGUACAGCCCCAAGAAGCCAAAGAAAUAUUGA